CGGAGAUGUGAGGUGGGGGGGGACCCCGGGCGAGCAGACCCGGCGGCCCAAGCUCGGCGCCGCGAGAAACGCCCUAAAGAGGAGGGAAGAGCGCGCGAGGGAGAGAGGGAGAGCGCGCGGCUCCGGAGAGCGAGAGCCAGCGCGAGCUGAGGCAGCCAGCGGCCGAGCGAGAGCAGGGGACGGGCAGGAGGCAGCGGGCCGCGGCGCAGGCGAGGCUGGGACCAGGGCGCGCGCACUUUUCCGCCAAGUGCCAACUUCCCUGCGGGGCGCAGCGCAAAGUCAGCGAGCAUUUUCGGGAAGAAAGUCGGUCCCCCUCCCCGCCCCCCUUUUCCCCUGUUAUUCAUUCCCCAUUAAAAAAAAAAAAAGCCAAGCGACGAGAAUUCACAGCAAACUUGCUAUCCUCCUGCCUGCCCCCCCCCCCCCCACUCCUGGCACCAUGAAGGCGGCCGUCGAUCUCAAACCGACUCUCACCAUCAUCAAGACAGAAAAAGUCGAUCUGGAGCUUUUCCCCUCCCCGGAUAUGGAAUGUGCAGAUGUCCCACUAUUAACUCCAAGCAGCAAAGAAAUGAUGUCUCAAGCUUUGAAAGCCACUUUCAGUGGUUUCUCCAAAGAGCAACAACGGCUGGGAAUCCCAAAAGACCCCCGGCAAUGGACAGAAACCCAUGUUCGGGACUGGGUAAUGUGGGCUGUGAAUGAGUUCAGCCUGAAGGGCGUGGACUUCCAGAAGUUCUGCAUGAAUGGAGCAGCCCUCUGUGCACUAGGAAAAGAUUGCUUUCUGGAGCUGGCCCCAGACUUCGUUGGGGACAUCUUAUGGGAACAUCUCGAGAUCCUGCAGAAAGAGGACGUGAAGCCCUAUCAAGUUAAUGGAGUCAAUCCCACCUACCCAGAAUCCCGUUAUACCUCGGAUUACUUCAUUAGCUAUGGUAUUGAACAUGCUCAGUGUGUUCCUCCCUCGGAGUUCUCAGAGCCCAGCUUCAUCACAGAGUCCUACCAGACGCUCCAUCCCAUCAGUUCCGAGGAACUCCUCUCCCUCAAGUAUGAGAAUGACUACCCCUCAGUCAUUCUCCGGGACCCUCUGCAGACAGACACCUUGCAGACUGACUACUUUGCCAUCAAGCAAGAAGUUGUGACUCCAGACAACAUGUGCAUGGGAAGGACCAGUCGUGGUAAGCUCGGGGGCCAGGACUCCUUUGAGAGCAUAGAGAGCUACGAUAGUUGUGACCGCCUCACCCAGUCCUGGAGCAGCCAGUCAUCUUUCAACAGCCUGCAGCGGGUCCCCUCCUAUGACAGCUUCGACUCUGAGGACUAUCCAGCCGCCCUGUCCAACCAAAAGCCCAAGGGCACCUUCAAGGACUAUGUGCGUGACCGUGCUGACCUCAACAAGGACAAGCCUGUCAUUCCUGCUGCUGCCCUGGCGGGCUACACAGGCAGUGGACCAAUCCAGCUGUGGCAAUUUCUUCUGGAAUUACUCACUGACAAAUCGUGUCAGUCUUUUAUCAGCUGGACAGGAGAUGGCUGGGAAUUCAAGCUCUCUGACCCCGAUGAGGUGGCCAGGAGAUGGGGGAAAAGGAAAAACAAGCCGAAGAUGAAUUAUGAGAAACUGAGCCGUGGCCUACGCUACUAUUAUGACAAAAACAUCAUCCACAAGACAGCGGGAAAACGCUACGUGUACCGCUUUGUGUGUGACCUGCAGAGCCUCCUGGGCUACACUCCCGAGGAGCUGCACGCCAUGCUGGACGUCAAGCCUGACGCCGACGAGUGACAAACAUCCCAGGGACCAAGGAAAUUCUGCUGAGACAUUUCAGAGGAUAACCAACCACGUUGGUUGGACUCUUCAUUUUUAACUGUUAUUCUAUUUUUUAAUUUUCCAGAACUCAUUUUUUUUUUAACAUUCAGGGGUGGGAGCUAAGUGAGUUGCAGCUAUAAUCAGAUGUGAGUAGUGGUCCAGGGAGAGAGCCAGGAGGGAUGGGCGGAACAAGUAUUCUUGAACAAAUUUUCAGGAAAGAGAGAAGGGACGUCUUAGAAGCCUGAAGAAUAUGGCUUUGCAGAGGAAGAAUCUGGUGUAGCCAAUCAUUUCUAAAACUCAUCCAUUAAAGAAAAUAUGGGUUAUGGACCUAAUAGCAAAAGAAAUUUGACACAAGACCAAGGAAAGACAACACAUUCACUUUGUUUUUAGGUCUGGGAAGACAGAAAAAUAAAAAAGAGGGAGGUGGGUCCAAAAAUAUUUUGUCAGGGGAUGCAUUAAAAGCCAGGACUAUACUUACCUUUUGCUCUACUUUCUUAACAAAGAUGGACUUCAGUAGGGGGAGGGGCCAAUACUGUUUUUAUUUUGUGUGUGUGUGUUAAAAUUUAUUUUAUUAAAUUCUGUGCCAGUAUUUUUUUUUUUUCCUUAAAAAUCGUCUUAAGCUCUAAGGUGGUCUCAGUAUUGCAGUGUAAUGCAAGUUUGUUUUUAUUUGCCGGCUGAGGAUUCUGUGACAGUGAAAGAAAACUGUUUAUAUAGACCCCACUGGAAAUGCAAAGUGCCAUCCCUGAGAUCAGAUCGGGGAUCCCAAAUUCAUGUGACUUAUAUAUGAAGGAUAGACUGGUGCUGAUUUGGGUACAAGGGAACUGCGUGUGAAUUUCAUCUAGAGUGGUAAGGGGUUGUUAUCACACUCCCCUGCUUAUUUGUAAGUAGUGGAGUUCUCGAGGUUCGGACUUAACAUGGAGCUUAAAAGUAUUAAGUCUUUGAACUGAAGUAUCCUGUGGCCUUGGUUUUGGACCACAGUCAAUAUAGGAGCACUGCUGACGUUGGAAGUCACUGAGAGGGAAUUUAAGGAGGAAGACUGGCUUGUUGCUUUGUUGGUUCUUUACCUGUCACAUGGAUAACCUGGAAUAAAAGCUGUAUGCAUGGGCAUUACCCCUCAGGUCUUAGGGAAAUAAGCCCUGUAUCUAUGUCAUUACAAACUAACACUCUCACUUUCUCCUUUAUGAAAUCUGAUUUUUUUUUUUCCCCUGUCAACCCACAUGUAUUGCUCCCCCCCCCCUCCCCCAGCCUCUUGUUAUUUAGUAGAGAGAAAAUAUAUACUUUUGAUUGGGGAGAGAAAGGGAAAAAAAAAUACUGCAGGCAUGAUAGAUUGGAGAGUGUUAGCCAAAGGUAUCUAGACUUACUAGGUUUUAGGGGUGAUGAAAAUCAGGGGAGCUUGUGGCUCCCCUGCCUUUGGGAAAAAUGCAAGGCUUUCUCUCCAAGGGUAUAAGCCAGUCGAGACAGAUGUCAGGUGAGACUGUGUAUGCAGACUGAUCGUGUAGAUGCUGUUGGGGCCUCGUGCUUGGAUCUGUUGCCUUGGCACAGAGGAAGUGCAGGUUGAGAGUGUCAGAAGAGAGGAGUGGCCUUAAGGCAGAGCAACUGUAAAGAGGGGAACUUGAGUGAAGAGACUAAGGUGGGUCAUGAGAUUGGACUAGAUGUUUAGUUCUCCCAGAGUUGACUAGAAACAAUCAAGAGAGACUGCUUGUUCCUGGCUCUGGUGGGGGAGGGGACACACAUCUAACUAGUAAGGAAAAGUGCCUAAUACAGCCAGACUCCCCCACUCCAUAGAGGCUCAAUUCAGAGGCUGGUGCCCGGCAUGGGGGGGGGGGGGGGUUGGCUUUAAGGACUGACUCCCAGAAAGGAGGUGAAGUAGAAUUGAAGAUGGGCUUCUCAGGGCUGGCAUUUCUUGGGCUCUUGCUGAGAAACCAGAAGUACUAACUACCUUCUAGCAUAUCUCCAAGAAAGUGGAUUGUUUACUCCAGGUCCUCUUUGCAGACCCUGACUUAUCAGGAACUUAGCUCUGUGAUCCUUGAGUUUCCUCCUCAUGAGAUAUCGGCACAUCCACUUGAAAAAGCAAAGGUAGAACUAUCCCAGCUGUGUGUUCUGAUCUUUCGACUGCGUGUGCCUUAAUGAAGCUCUCAAAAUAUUUUAGGAGCUGCUCAGGGAGUGGUAGAUGGAACUGUUUGGACUACAGUGUGUGUGUGUGUGUGUGUGUGUGUGUGUGUGUGUGUGUGUGUGUGUGUGUGUGUGUGUGUGUGUGUGCACAAGCAGGCAAAACUGCGACUGACAUCACACCAGAGUUUUCUAGUUAAGUCUUUCCACACUUCAAUCAUGAAAGAGUAGAACCGAGGCCAGGUGUCAGCCAUUGCUUGCUGUUCGUAAGCAGACAUACAAUCACUUUCUUAACCCAUCAAUCUUUCCUCUCUGAUUUAUGCUGAAAACUCCUCUUGUUUAAGUCUGUCUAAGUCCUGUACUAAUUUCUGUAGCAGAAACUAUGUAAGAAAGUGCCUCCUCACGCUCCUCGGCCUGCUUGUUUGUUAUGAUGCCCUUUCUCCCAAGGGUUGCCAUUUUCGGUAUUUGUAGAUAGUGUGUCUUCACGUAGACAGCUGUCUUUCUGUCAUUUUGGCCAGAUGUUUUUUCUUGUUUUUUUUUUUCCUCCUUCCCUUUUCCUCCUUUUGUCCAAAGGCCCGAGACCAUCCCAGGAAGAGAGUGGUGGGUGGUUUAUACACUGGAAAUGUAGCAGAAUUGUUGCAUUGAUGCUUUUUUAAAAACACAUGUUAACUCCAAAAGGAGGACAGGCAAAUCUGGUUUAGCUGGGUGAAACCCUUAUUUUCCUAGAGAUGCCGUAACCCAUGUCCCUUUUGGCUGUAGGGUUCCGAGUCACUUUUGUUCCCUUUGCUAGUCAGGGGAGAGGCUGCCCUACUCAGAGCCCUGGUUUAGGGACUAUGGGGGUUGGAGGUAGCAUUUAGAGAUCAGAUGUGCUUUUCCCUCACUUUGGAGAUGAACACUCUGGGUUUUAGAGCAUUAACCUGCCUAAUCUUCAUGGUGAAAAGGACACCUUCUCUAUUCUAGCCAUGCUGUGCGUGCUGCUUUCUGUGUUGGGGUCUAUAUAAAUGUGUUGAACUCUUCUCUACAUUCCAAAGACGUUUCAAUGAACCAUAAAUAUAUGUAUGCACAUACAUAUAUAAAAUAUAUAUUAAAAUGAAAUUAUCAGGAA